UCGCUGUACCUACGGGCCUCUCUUGUUUUUGCUACUCUUUGCUCUCCUCCCAAGCUGCCUCCCUUGGACUGCAAGUGGAGUGGGCUCCUUGGUAGCCUGAGAAGGUCUGAGAGCUAGGCCAGCCCUUGUGCGCCCCACGCAGGCCUCAGUGUUAGCUCAACCCCCUGCAGCAUCUUCCACGCCCAAGACUCCGGGGGUGGGGUGGGGAGACGCUGCAGGUCACAGACCCAGCGCAAAGGGUGCCCGGAGAGGACCUUCCAGGAGCGACCCGGGAUCCUAGACGCCUUGCCCAGCUUGAGGACCCGGACCCGAGGAGACCCAAGGCACUUCGACCCGGAAGGCCCGCAGAGCCGGAAGGCGGGAGGGCGGAGCCAGGGAGGGUGGCGGUGUCCUGUGAGCGCCUCCCUGGCGCUAGCAAAGCGGAGCCGGCAGAGCGGAGCGAGCCUCAGUGUCCCCGCGGUUCCAGACACCAGCACGGUAAAGGUCUGCCGACAUGCCCAUCGUGGUGGAUGACGUCAUGAAGCUCCUGUGUUCGGUUUCCCAGGAGAGAAAUAUGAAGGCGGCCGUCAAACACUCCGGGAGGGGUGCCUUGGUUGUGGGGACAGUGGCCUUCGUCGGUGGUGUCGUUGGUGGCCCACCGGGACUUGCUCUUGGGGGGGCAGUUGGGGGCCUGUUAGGUGCCUGGAUGACGAGUGGACAGUUUAAGCCAGUUCCUCAGAUCCUAAUGGAGCUGCCCCCUGCUGAACAGCAGAAACUCGUUAACGAAGCCACGGCCAUCAUCAGGAACUUGGACUGGACAGACGCUGUACAGCUCACUGCUCUGGUCAUGAGCAACCAGGCCAUGCAGCAAAAGCUCUUGGCCGUGCUAGCCACCUAUAUCACCAAGGAGCUGCAGGCGGAGAUCCGUUAUGAUGACUAGGCCACUCUCCCUGGGGGAUGACUUUAUGGCUUCUCGAGGGGUGACCUGGGAAUCAGGGAUGCCUGGGGGGUACCUCUGAGAAACCUGCGUAUUGUCAGCAUUGACUAUAAGCUGGAGUACGAGUACAUCCUGUUGGACUGUCCCCCGCUGGAGAUGCGUGUGCUAUGGAAAGAUUCAGGCUGUUGGCGUCCACAAACAGCUUGGGAGUUCUGAUCCUGUGGCUCUAACAGAAGUUGGCUGUCCAGCUGUGCCGAAUGCCCCUCUUCCUGUGAAGAGGACCUCUAGGUACCUGUCACAGGGUUUUAGACCCCCAUAGACUCUGGGGUCUUGGGGUGCAGAGUCAACUCUUGCCAGGGUUAUGCUUACUUGCCUUGUGUUCCCCGUCUUCCUCCAAGGACUUCCCAGUGGUCUCAGGAUGACAGUGGUCCCUACUUUGAGUGAAACCACAGAUGCCAGGCAGUUUCUGUGCUCUGCCACUGUCUAUGACCCAAGGCUCUCUUGAGUAACUUGGGCUAAACUUCUAGAGUCUUUUGCCUUCUUAUGGACAAUCAUGGCACUUAUUUAUCUUCUACUUUUAUUGUCAAUUCUGGGCCCUUUUUAUUCUCUAUACUUUUGUAGUCACUGUGUUGCCUGGGCUGGCCUUGAACUCCUGGACUCAAGUGAUUUUGCUACGUAGCUGGGACUGUAGGCUUGCGCCGCCAUGCCCAGCUUUACCUCAUAGGCUGUUCUCUGUGCCUAUCUAAGUUAGUUCUUCCAUGCUCAGUUCCCUCUCUACACUGGCCGCAAUCUCCAAUUCACUUGUGUGAAAAGACAAAACUAACAAUGAGUCGAGUUCAAAGACCCUAACUGAGCGAGGUGCUGUGAGGCACACCCCACGGCCCCAGAUAAGUGAAAGGCCAAAGCGAGAGCAUCCUUGAGCCCAGGAAUUCAAGGCCAACCCGGACAACAUAGAGGAAGCUGGGAGAUAGGAGUUGGGGACAUAAAUCACUGCCUUACUUGGCUUUUAUUUGCUGUCACAGAGUCAAGAUGCAGUGAGUGUCCUGAUGCAUUAGAUCGAGGAGGUUGACAGAGGAGACCAAGGGAAGGGCAGAAACAACAGUGCCACUAAAGUUAACCCAUGGGUAGACGCCUUAUCACCUGGAUUGCACCCGGCCGGCUGUGUAAGGAUUUGGCUAGCUUCUCCUUGAUUUACCUAAAUGACAAUGGCUCAAACCUGAUAAGUAGCUUGUUUGGUUUUUUUUUUUUUCCUUGUGGUGCCGUGGAUAGAACUCAGGGCCCUGCACAAGCUAGGCAAAUACCACCAGUGAGCCCUACUCCCAGCCCGCUUUUGAUAGAUUCAAGGCAAGUGUUGUAAAGCUAAGCUGAGUCCCAGACCUUGAGUGACUCAGUUUGGAUUUGGCCAGUUGGUCCUAGUACUGGAGCCCAACUAAUGAUGUCAUACACUGGAUUAAACAUUUGAUACUUCUUCUUAUCCCCCCUCAGGGAGGGCAGGAGCUGUGUGUCUUGGUCACCCCUCCUAUCUCCAGCUUGCUCCUGCUUGGCACCGUGUGGCUUUUAUGUGGUGGACACUGAAUAAACAUAUAUUUUUAAUGCUA